UUAACACGGCCAAGAAAAAUCUUAAGACAUGGGAUGUGGUGAGGAGAGAUGGAGUUGUGUGUCCUGCCAAUAUGAACCCACCUUUCACUGUAGGUAAAAAGAAGUUUUUCCUCAACACGUCUUCGCACAAAAUCUUUCGAAGGGCUUCGGUGGGUCUACUAGCUGGUUGA